AUGAAGAUUUCGGGGGCCAGUAAAAUGUUUCAUCUUGGGGUCAUCAUUCUUCUUAUAGCUGGUAAGCAUGAUUUUGAGGCAUAAAGAAAAAUUUGAAUUCAUGAAUACAGACAUUUUGAUAUCUGUUCUUGCGUAGUUUAGAGGAUAAUAUUUUCCAAACAUCUACUAACCCUAGAACACAGUAAUUUAUUUUGAGGAAAAGGUCCAUAAUAUUUAAGCACACAUGUUGCUGUUGAUGCCCCCUGAAAACACAUUCUUCUCUCCAAAAUAGCAUUCUAAUUUUCCAUAUUUCAAAAAACUAUGCGUAAAAGGUCUAAUAAACCUAUUAGCAUGAAUAUUCUGCUUUGUUGGAAAAUCAUGAAGUCAAUUUUAAAGGUGGCAGCAAAACGUAUCCAUUCAACGAAUUCCAUAUCUUUAUGGUUAUAACAGUUAAGAACUGUUUAAUCUGCUGUAUGUAAAAUCUAUUUCCUUUAAGUUUCAGUGCAAGACCUCUUCUUUAAGGACACAUGACAUGUGUGACAUGUCAUGAUUCCCUUUUAUUCCAGAAGUUUGGUCCUUAAGGGGUUAAGAAACAAGGACCUUUUUAAUGAAGUUUUGGCAUUGGCUUUUAAAAAAUCAGCCUUUAUAAUAGGCAGCAAAAAAAAUAUAUUUUUUUCAAAAAAUGUAUCAUAGGUGUAUCAUAGGAAAAUUUAAUUUUAUAUAGUUUUGUGCAAAAAAAAAAUGACAGAUUAAAUUUUUUUUUCCCAGUUAAGCUAUUGAUUAAUAUGGACAUUUGCUUCAAUACAUUUCAAAAUAAUUGUAAUAUUUAAACUACGGAUCACGUAGCGUCAACACCCAAAUAUAUAGAAACUUAACUAAUACUGUAAAAUAAAAAGCACAAUGAUGUUUGUUCACUAAACAGAAAAUAAAGAACAAAUAACAAGGGAAUUGAAAAUUUAGGGUAGAACGGAUCGUACUGGUUUACAUUACGGAAAUAUUUCUGUAUAAAAAUUGUGCAUUUUGAAAUAAAGAUGAAGCAUUAAUCACAGCUAAUGACAGAGAUGUAUUUUAUUCUUUAUAUAAAUGACCAUACAUUAUGACAAGGCAAACAAUGUAAAACGAGUGCAUAUUUAACUAUGGCGAAACGGGGGAUACUCUGUUUAAGUGCAAGAUGGUGUCCAAACGAUGAAAUUGAAAUCCCCAAGUUAUUUUGUCAACCUUUAAGCCCUUAAGGACACAUGACAUGUGUGACAUGUCAUGAUUCCCUUUUAUUCCGGAAGUUUGGUCCUUAAUGGGGUUAAAAUUGUAAAGCACCCUGGAAGGUAAAAUAUCUGAUUUGGAAAACGUAGGUUGGCUAUUGACUAAUCAACUCACUCUUUUGUCAUUUAAUUAAUAGAUAUAUCUGUAGCUUUCUAUUUGCAGAAGCAUAGUUCAUUUUUAUCAAUCGGCUGAUAUUACUAGACAUGGUUUGGAAGACAUGGGCCUUUGUUUAGUAUUUGAUUAUCUUGGCAAUGCCUCCUGGAACAUAAAUUAAUCCAGGCUUAUUUAUAGCGGCUUGUGGUUUUUCUUUUCUGGUUUAUUUGAUAUCUUUACAGUAUCUCUCUUUGCAUAUGAAUUGUUUCGAAACACGAUCUUUCAUAUUACUGAAAAAGAAACUGGACAAGUUUAUAAGGCCAUCAAAAAUAUAUAUAUUUAAAUUUUUCUCUACCGUAUUUAUAUUUUGCCAGACUCUAGAGAUAUAGAUACAGUAAAUAGAGAUAUAGUGUUUUUAUAUCUUGCUCUGCUGGGAAUAGGGACCAGCGGCUCCAAACCACCAACUUGCUUUUGAAAAGAGUCAGUAAUAUGGAUAGACUGAUAAUUCCACUGCUAGCUUUCACUCAUGGCUUGUCUUAGUAACUUCCACUCACUGUAACAAGAAACUGUAAGACUGCAUCCACAGAUUUGUUUGCACCAUAUCCACUGUUCAGAGCUCCAGUGGUUAUGGUGUUUGAAAUGGAGAUAUAUCUCAUUUGUAGCAAGCUAUCAAGUUUCAAUGAGGACCGGACGUUGAACCAUUGAGUGACCGCUAAUGACAAUAAUAUAUCAAUAAAUAAUUAAAUAUAACAUAUCAAAAGAUCAAGACCAGCUCAUUUAGACAACCCAGAGACUGGGGAAUAAGUAUCUAGAUUUGCCUAAAUUACAUUAAAUAUAUGCUCAUAAAAACCUAGUUAAAAAUCUUGUUCGUCGGUUUUUUUGGCUUUUUUUUUGUUGUUUUUAUUUGUUUUUUAUCAGCUACUGGUAUAUGAAUCAACAGAUAUAUUGUGAUUUCCUUGAGCAUAUAAAACCUAAAUUAGGUGCGCCUGUUAUUGUUGCUUAAUGUUUCCCUGCAAAGUAUAGAUACAAAUAGUUCAGUUCCACCAUCUUCAUAUACUUACUUGAACUUUUAGUUAGCUAAAAAAUACAGAGUUGUUAAGUAUUACCAAUUACACCUCCAUGUAGUUGUUCUCUAAAGCCAUAUCCUGAAAGUGAAUUCUGGGAGCUGUAGUACUGAAAUAUUUGAAGGCCAGUGUUCCACAACCCUGCUACAACAUUUUAGAGACAUUAUGAUACAGAUAUUUUUAUUAGUGAUAUUGCAGAAGGUCUUGAUGGUAAGGUAUGUCUUUUUGCUGAUGAUACUAAAAUAUGUAACAGGGUUGAUGUUCCAGGAGGGAUAAACCAAAUGACAAAUGAUUAAGGUAAACUAGAAAAAUGGUCGGAAUUGUGGCAACUGACAUUUAAUGUGGAUAAGUGCAAGAUAAUGCAUCUUGGACGUAAAAACCCAAGGGCAGAGUACAGAAUAUUUGAUAGAGUCCUAACCUCAACAUAUGAGGAAAGGAAUUUAGGGGUGAUUAUUUCUGAUGACUUAAAGGUAGGCAGACAAUGUAAUAGAGCAGCAGGAAAUGCUAGCAGAAUGCUUGGUUGUAUAGGGAGAGGUAUUAGCAGUAGAAAGAGGGAAGUGCUCAUGCCAUUGUACAGAACACUGGUGAGACCUCACUUGGAGUAUUGUACACAGUACUGGAGACCGUAUCUUCAGAAGGAUAUUGAUACCUUAGAGAGGGUUCAGAGAAGGGCUACUAAACUGGUUCAUGGAUUGCGGGAUAAAACUUACCAGGAAAGGUUAAAGGAUCUUAACAUGUAUAGCUUGGAGGAAAGACGAGACAGGGGGGAUAUGAUAGAAACAUUUAAAUUUAUAAAGGGAAUCAACACAGUAAAGGAGGAGACUAUAUUUAAAAGAAGAAAAACUACCACAACAAGAGGACAUAGUCUUAAAUUAGAGGGACAAAGGUUUAAAAUAAUAUCAGGAAGUAUUACUUUACUGAGAGGGUAGUGGAUGCAUGGAAUAGCCUUCCAGCUGAAGUGGUAGAGGUUAACACAGUAAAGGAGUUUAAGCAUGCGUGGGAUAGGCAUAAGGCCAUCCUAACUAUAAGAUAAGACUAGGGAGUAAUGAAAGUAUUUAGAAAAUUGGGCAGACUAGAUGGACCGAAUGGUUCUUAUCUGCCGUCACAUUCUAUGUUUCUAUGUUUCUAUGUUUCUAUGUUUCUAUGUCUAUGUUUCUAUGUUUCUAUGUUCUAUGUUUAGAUUGUGUUUCCCCUUUAAAGUUGUCUUUAUAGAAAGCAUGUUAGCUUCUCUAAGAUACAUACAGAAGAGAAUCCAGUAAUUAACUUAUACAUGUUUUUUUUCUAGUUUCUCCUGCCAAAUGCCAGACUUCCAGCACCUCUUCGUUAAUCAGCACUCUUGAUCAACUCCUAGCCGCUCUUCUCAAACUUAGCCAAGCACUCAAUGCUUCAACUACCACAAAAGCGCCAGCCACAACUCUGGCCAUCACCAAUGCCAGUACUGUGCCAAUCACUACCAGUAGCACAGGAACAUUCACUACUGCAUUGACCAAUAGUGUUCCAACAUCGACCAGUAAUACAGUGAUUAAUACAUCUCAACCAAUAUCAGCCGUUAGCACUGGAACAAAGUCUAGUACUGGGAGCAAUAGCCUCCUAAACAGUUCUCCAGGAACCAUCGCCACUGUCAGUAGCCCCCCAGCAUCAACCAGUUUUCAGGGAAUCACUGUCACCUCUGGUAGCAGCAACGUACUAGGAUCAACUAGUUCUCCAAAGAUCACUUCAGUUCCUGUUGGUACCGGCAUCCCAGCAUCGACCAGUAAUCCAGAAACUAUUUCCAGUAAAAACAAUAAUGGCCCCUCUGAAACAACCACCAACCCAGUGACUAUUCUACCUCAAAGCAAUAGUACUUUGCCAGCAUUAACAAGUAAAACAUUAAACAAUGCUACCAAUAGCCCAUCUGAGGUUAAUAGUAGCCCAGUUUCUAGUACUGCCAAUAAUGGAUCAACCAUAACCAAUAAACCAUCGGUGAGCACCAACAGUUCUCAGAUAAGCAGUCAACCAUCACAGCUCAACACAACCACAUCUUCUGGUACCAGGAUCCCUAGCCAAUCAGCAACAUCUAGUAAGGCUAGCAUUAAUACUGUAACCACUAACACAGCUUCUCCUGAUCUCUUAACCAGUGGUCAGACAGCAAGUAAUACAAUUACCGCUACUGUUAGUAGCACAGGCACCCCAUCUACCACUAACAUCAGUAGCAAGUCAACAACCAACAAUGGAUUUACUCCAACCAGCGCCACAACCGGCAGCCAAACGGCAACAACAACUCCAUCUACUACCACCAGUAAGAGCGCAUCUCAAACCACAGUUAAUAACGGGAAUACAUUGUGUAAGUAAAAAGUGACAAAGACAGACAGACAGAUGAACAGACACAUAAACAAUAUCCUUAAUGUUCUUCUUUUUUAGCCCCAACAGUGGGAGCAACCACUGCCUUUCCAGUGUGGGCCAUUGUCCUCAUUGCAUUAGCAGCUUUCAUCGGAGCCCUCCUCCUGGUGACCCUCGUCGUUGCUGUGAGUAUUUUACAUAUUCACAGACUGACACAUAGGCACAUACACAAACAUAGACAUACACACACACACAUACAGAUACAUACACAGACAGACACGUACACACACACAGAGACAUACACAUUCCUUAACUCUGAAUCACCGUCUGACAAAACAAACAAAACACUCAAUGGGAAUUAAUUUGUUUCAUGAGAGAGAGAUUUAGAUAUUAUGUAUUAAAUAUAUAAUUAAAUAUAGAUGUAUUUACUGUUCCACCUGUUUUUCCUUUUAUUGUUACUUUUUCUAACUUCUGUGAAUCAAAUGGAUAAAAAAUGUGUCAUGUACUGCAAAUUCUAUAUAUAACAAUUAUAAUAAUUAAUAUUAAUUAUAGUAAACAAUGAUUGGCCGAUCAUCAUUUUGAUUUGUCUGAACUGGGUUUUUUUCUGAAAUGAUUUAAUGGAUGAUAGUCAUUUGAACUGAAUUGCCAAACUCAGUCCACCCCAAAAAAAUAAAAAAUUCAAACGAAUAGAUUCGGCCAAUCAAUUUUUUUUUUGCUAAGAUUUUUUAUUACUCUUUUCCAUUUGUAUGUCUUAUUAUGUCUUAUUAAGUAAACACAGUUGUUUUUUAUUUUUUAAUCCAUUAUUUUGCACUUUUUUGCUGAUGUCUAAGCAAAACACUACAUCUUUUUAGCAUCCUUCCUUCCUAUGUCAAGGAAACAAAUCUGCGAUGUUCAAUCAGCUAAUGAUAUCUGUGUUUCAAAAAGUUAAAAAAAAUCCAGUGUUUUAACUCUUAAUGUGCCUACAAGCUAGCAAUACAGUGUACAUUAAAGGGCUAUAGAGGACACACCAUGAAAAUAUCUCCUAAGUAUCAGUUGGGAUUAAUGUUAAAGAUGCGCCUGAUUUCUAACUAAUUCAAUUUUAAUUUAUUUCAUUAGAUUGCACAUAUGGCAAAAACAAAGAAACCGAGCCGUUCCACCACUUACCAUGUCAACCAAGCAACAGUGUGA